AGCACAGACUAAUGUAGGCGGUUGUCUUAUGUAGUGAAUGUAAAAUACAGUACACGGAUGUAUAAGAGGAAAAUUGUUAUUAUAGUACUUUAUUGUUGUAAGAUUUGAGUUUAAAGUGACUACACUAAAUACUUAUGUAUAAUACUCGUACUGUGUGAUUUCUGUUCCACUUUAAAAAAGAACGAUGGGACUAAAGUUAUACUCAGUAUCAGAUGGCCCGCCAUCCCUGUCUUGCCGCCAAGUACUUGCAGCCUUAGAUGUACCCUUUGAACUAGUUGAUGUCAUAUUUAAUAAUGGGGAACAUAUGACCGAAGAAUACGCAAAGAUGAACCCCCAAAAAGAAAUCCCUGUAUUGGACGAUGACGGGUUCUUCUUGAGCGAGAGUGUCGCUAUUAUGCAGUACAUUUGCGAUAAAUACAAGCCAGGGUCAUCUUUGUACCCCACGGAUCCGAAAGCCAGGGCCAUUGUUAACCAACGUCUGCUGUUUAACUUGACGACUUAUUACGCUAAUGUAGCACCUUACACGAUGGCCCCUAUCUUCUUCGCUUACGAGCGUACCCCAGAAGGCUUGAAGCGAGUCCACAUGGCUUUAGAAGUAUUCGAAACCUAUCUCACACGUCUAGGCUCCAGCUACGCCGCCGGUGACCAGUUGACCAUCGCAGAUUUCCCUCUCAUUAACACUACCAUGACCCUAGAAGCCGUUGGUGUGGACUUCUCGAAAUAUGCUAAGAUAAACCAAUGGUAUAAUAACUUCAAGAAUAAUCAUCCGGACUUAUGGAAGAUCUCAGCAGCCGGCAUGAAAGAGAUCAAACACUUCGACGCUAACCCACCGGACUUGUCUCAUCUUAAUCAUCCCAUUCAUCCGGCUAGGAAACAAAAAGCCUAAAUUUCCUACUAACUAAGUAUAUUAAUAAAUGGUGUUAUACUACGAUA